CGAUCAAUAUUUCAUGGAAAAUCCAAUUUCUUGAACUUAGUGCAUAUUAACGCGCAAAGUGUCCCUGGACACAUCUCCGAAUUAAAUACGUCAUUCAACAACGGCAUAGUUGAUGUAAUCUUAAUUUCAGAAUCUUGGCUUAAGCCUUCUCUUCCAUCCCCCCUUUUUUCACUCAAUGGAUAUAAAUUAUAUCGUAACGAUAGAGUUGGGAUUGGUGGUGGUGGUGUAUGUAUUUACAUCAAGAACCACAUCCCAUGCUCCAUUGUCAGCCAGUCUCCUAACACUUACACUGGGUCUUUAGAGUACCUGUUUCUGGACGUCAACUUACACCACACCAAUAUCUUAGUAGGUGUUACUUAUAGCCCUAAUAUUAAUGUCAAUUAUUUUGACUUAUUUGAGACAACCCUUGAAUCCUUGAGUGCCUCUUACGACCAUGUAAUAUUGAUGGGUGAUCUUAAUACUUGUUUAUUAAAGAAUAACUUCCGUUCCUCACGUCUUAACUCCCUUGUAUCCGCAGUGAACUUUGUAUUGCUCCCACUCACUGCCACCCAUCAUUCCCCCAAUUGUCAACCUUCACUCUUAGAUGUCCAGAUAGUUUCGAAACCAGAGUCAGUGCUCUUGCAUGGACAAACCACUGCCCCAUUCUCGUAUCAUGACCUCAUAUAUCUAUCCUACCGAGUACGCACUCUCAAACCCAGAAUUAAAGUCAUUUUUCAGCGCAGCUUUGCUAGCGUUUGUGUGGAUCGCUUGAGAGAGGAUUUUUCAAAUAUUGACUGGUCUACACUGAUUGAAUCUAACACGGUAAAUGAGAAGAUCAAAAUUUUUAACAAUCUGUUAAUAAAGCUGUAUGACUCUCAUGCUCCACUCAGACCAGUGCGCGUUAAGCAUCUGCCUGCGCCUUGGCUUACACCAUCAAUAAAGAAAAUCAUGAAACGUAGGGACAAGGCCAAGUCGAUCCUUAGGAGGUUUCCAGGUGACGAUAAUUUGCUUUCCUAUAAACGGCUGCGUAAUCUCUGCAACAGACUGUGUCGUGACGCCAAACGGCGUUACAUCCAUUCGUCGAUGGAAGGAUUGUCUAUGGGUCAAACCUGGAAGUUCUUGAGAUCUCUUGGUGUGGGUAGAGAUCGUGACUGUACUAUUGACUUACCUGAUCUUAAUUCACUCAACAAAUACUUUACCAACUCACCAUUUACAGUUGCUGACUCUGUCAAGACUUCCACGCUCACCUCUCUGUGCAAAUUUAUAGACACUUUGAUGUAGCUAAUACCCUAUCUGCCAUUGAAGCCAUUAAUAAAGAUCUUCUUGUGGUGAAGUCUUGGGCUGAUGCGUUUGGUUUGCUUAUAAACCCAAUGAAAUCACAG